AUGCAAAUUAAGUCAUUUCUUUUACCAAUAGUCGCUGCCUUAUUGACAUCAGUUUCAGCAGCAGACUCAUCAAACAAAUGUUCAUUCUCUAAAACUUCCAUCACAGAAGCUACUGCCAUUACCCAAUUAAAUGCAUGCUCUACUUUGGAUGGUGAAAUCACUGUUUCCGGUAGCGGAAUCGGUAGCAUUGAUUUGAGUUCCGUUAAAGUAUUAAAAGCCAAAUUGAGUAUUCUCAACUCCCCAUCGAUUGUCUCAUUAAAUUUCAAUCAAUUACAAAACAUUACUGGUGCUUUAGUCAUUAAUAAUGCUACCCAAUUAAACUCAAUUGAUUUAACCCAAUUAACCAACGUUGAAACAUUACAGUUGGUCUCAUUACCUUCCUUUGCGAUUUUAAAUUUGAAUCAAGGGGUGCAAAAGGCAGGAACAAUUGUUUUGAGUGAUACUGCAUUGACUAAUUUGAACGGGUUGGCUAGUUUCAACACCAUUGAUUCCAUUAAUAUCAAUAACAACAAAAACAUUUCCAAAAUUGAAUUCAAUGAUUUACAAACAGUCACCGAUAGUUUAAUCUUAUCAUUCAAUAACGAUGAUGCCGAAGUUAAAUUGGACUCAUUGAAAUGGGCCGGUAAUUUAACUAUUCAAGAUGUUAGCUCUAUUCAAGCUAGUAACUUGACUAGUGUCAACGGAUCUUUAUUGAUCAGUUACAACACUUUUGACGAAUUGGAAUUUCCAAACUUGAAAUCCGUUGGUAACUCUAUGCAAAUUUUUGCUCACGAUGAAUUAACUAAAAUUUCAUUCCCAAAAUUAUCUGAACUCGAUGGUGAAUUGGAAAUGUUCAAUAAUACUCAAUUGGAAGAAAUCGAUUUUGGCAAUUUGACCACUAUCAAAGGUGCUGUCACCAUUUCUGGUCCAUUUGAUAAUUUGACUAUGGAAAAUUUGAAAUUGGUAUCUGGUGAUUUCCAAGUCAAUAGUACUUCUGAUAAAUUUGAUUGUAGUGCUUUUGAUAAAUUACACGAAAAAGGUAAGAUUGAAGGUCACAAUUAUGUUUGUACUCAUCCAGCUAAUCCUUCUUCAUCCUCCAAAUCAGGAUCAAGCACACAAACUGGUAAAUCAGAUAGUAAAUCUUCAGAUGGUUCAUCAAGCUCAAAUUCUAGUAGCUCAUCUAAAAAAGGUGCUAGUAAUGUAUUGGUUGUUCCUGGUAUGGUAUUGACUACAGCCUUGGGUGUUUUAUUGGCAUUAAUUUAG